AUGAAUGCUCAUGAUGCGAAGGAUAAACAAUGGGUACAACCAGACACACUAACUGGUGGUACAAGUGGUGGAGUCACAAAGCCAUACGGAAAGGGCAAGAGACUGAUCAUCCUUCAUGCAGGAUCAGAAAAUGGCUGGGUACCAAAUGCAGAACUGGUAUUUCAGUCUGGGGGCACUUCAGAUGACUACCACAAAGAUAUGGAUCACCAGGAAUUCGAGCGAUGGUUCAAAGAUCAACUACUCCCUAAUAUUCCUGUAAACUCUAUAAUAGCGAUGGACAAUGCAUCAUAUCAUUCAAGGAGAUUUGAACCACUACCUACUUCAUCAUGGCGUAAAGGUGAUAUGAUCUCGUGGUUAGUAAACAAGAGCAUACCAUUUCCAGCUGGAUCUACCAAGAAGGCCCUUUACAUCAUUAUAAAGCAACAUAAGAGUAAAUAUUUGCAGUAUGCUAUAGAUGAGAUGGCAAAGAGUGCUGGUUAUGAAGUGGUGAGACUUCCAGUAGGACACUGUGAACUUAAUCCUAUUGAAAUGGCACGGUCCCAAGUUAAAGGAUAUGCUAAAACACAUAAUACACAAUUCACACUUGAAGCAUUGGAACCUCUCGUUAAAGAUGGUAUCACAUCCAGAAAGAUGGCACAGUCUUGUUCAGCAUGUACGUGA